CCCCGCUGGGGACGCUGCAGGCGGAGCUGGGGACGCUGCAGGAGGAGCUGGGCGCGCUGCAGGCCGGCCAGGUGGCCCAAUGGGGGCAAAUGGAGCGAGAUUUGGCCACCGCCAGGGCCCAGGCGGCCACCGCAACCACCAGGGCUGCGGCUCUGCAGGACGAGCUGGCCACGUGGCAGGAGCAGGUGGCCACGCUGGGGACUGAGGUGGAGACGUGGAGGAAGGAGGCGACCACGGUGCGGGACCGGAUGGCCACGUGGCAGGAAGAUGUGGCCACGUGGUGGAAGGAGGUGGCCGCGGUCAGAGGACAGGUGGCCACAGUGCAGGACGAGCUGGCCACGUGGCAGGAGCAGGUGACCACGCUGAGGACGGAGGUGGCCACGUGGCACAAGGAGGUGGCCACGGUGGGGGACCGGGUGGCCACGUGGCAGGAAGAGGUGGCCGUGGUGAGAGGAGAGGUGGCCGUGGUACAGGACGAGGUGGCCACAUGGUGGAAGGAGGUGACCGUGGUGCAGGACCAGGUGGCCACAAGGCAGGAGGUGACCGUGGUGAGAGGAGAGGUGGCCACGUGGCACAAGGAAGUGGACACGGUGAGAGGAAAGGUGGCCACGGUACAGGACGAGAUGGCCAUGUGGCAGGAGCAGGUGGCCACACUGAGGGCUGAGGUGGCCACUUUGAAGGGAGAGGUGACCACGUGGAAGGAGGAGGUGGACACGGUGAGAGGACAGGUGGCCAUGUGGCACGAAGAGGUGAAGGACCAGGUGGCCGCAGUGAGAGGAGAAGUGGCCACAGGGAGAGGAGAGGUGGCCAGGUGGCACAAGGAGGUGGCCACAAUGCAGGACCAGGUGGCCGCAGUGAAUGGAGUAGAGGCCACAGUGAGAGAAGAGGUGGCCAUGUGGCACAAGGAGGUGGCCACAAUGCAGGACCAGGUGGCCGCAGUGAGAGGAGAAGUGGCCACAGGGAGAGGAGAGGUGGCCAUGUGGCACAAGGAGGUGGCCACAAUGCAGGACCAGGUGGCCCCAGUGAGAGAAGAAGUGGCCACGAUGAGAGAAGAGGUGGCCAUGUGGCACAAGGAGGUGGCCACAGUGCAAGACCAGGUGGCCGCAGUGAAUGGAGUAGAGGCCACAGGGAGAGGAGAGGUGGCCAGGUGGCACAAGGAGGUGGCCACAGUGCAGGACCAGGUGGCCGCAGUGAGAGAAGAAGUGGCCACGGUGAGAGGAGAGGUGGCCAUGUGGCACGAGGAGGUGGCCACAAUGCAGGACCAGGUGGCCGCAGUGAGAGGAGAAGUGGCCACGAUGAGAGAAGAGGUGGCCAUGUGGCACAAGGAGGUGGCCACAAUGCAGGACCAGGUGGCCGCAGUGAGAGAAGAAGUGGCCACGGUGAGAGGAGAGGUGGCCACGUGGAAGGAGCAGGGAGCCCAGAAAGCCACCAUACAACUGGAGAAGCUGAAGGAGGAGCUGGCCGAGGAACCGCGUCACCGUCACCUCCGCCUGUCCCAGCAGCCGGGUGACAGCUGGGGACACCGGUCCCCCCCAGUCUUGGAGCCACCCCCACUGUCACCUCCCACUGUCACCUCGCGGACCCCAGACCCCGAUGUCACCGCCACGUCACCGAGCACGGAGGGGACAGAGGAUCAGGUAUGCGGGGACAUGGGGGGUGACACUGCCACCAUUGAGGGGUGACACCACCAUCAUUGAGGGGUGACACUGCCAACACCGAGGGGUGACACCACCACUACUGAGGGUGACACCAACACCACCAAUGGGUGACACCACCGUCAUUGAGGGGUGACACCGCCAACACCGGGGGGUGCCACCACCACUACUGCGGGUGGCACCAAUGCCACCAAUGGGUGACACCACCUCUGAUGAGGGGUGACACUGACACCACUGAGGGUGACACCAACACCACCAGUGGGUGACACCAACACCACCAAGGGGUGGCAUCACCACCACCAAUGGGUGAUGCCAACACCACUGAGAGGUGACACCGCCAUCACUGAGCAGUGACACCGCCACCAUCAAGGGGUGACACCACCACUACUGAGGGUGACACCAACACCAACAAUG